AUGAAAAGCAGCAAGUGCAGGCUGAAACCUUCCCAGAUCAUCUUUGAGCGGCACUUUGGAGUCCAUGGCGACUGUUACAUUAUCAAGGCAGGGCGUUUUGGAAGCAGCUCCCUGCAAUUGUGUUCGUGCAGCUCAGCUCUGCUCAAUCAUUUCGUGCGCUUGUUUGACCUGAGUGCCUUGAAGGUCGCAGUGAUCCAGAUAAUGACCGUCCUCCUGCAAGCCUUCGGGAAGGCGGUCGUUCUCACGAAUCGUAGGAAAGAUGCCUCUGGUGUACCGCUUCUGGGAGGAACCGUCGCAUUUGCAAUGCAUCAGAACAUCCCAGCAGCCUCACCACUGAAACGAUACUUCUGGAUCUUCUGCGCGCUGCUGGCCUUCAACAGCCUUUACCCGAGCAUUCUCUUUGUGCGGCCAGAUUCCCGCUGGUGUCGCUACGGUGCUGCCGUCAUGGACGUGGUGAUGGAUCUGGGGUACUUGCUCACCUACUUGCUCGCCGUGGUGACUGCCAUGUCCGAGCUGACGCUGGAGAUGACCGUGCGUGGCAACUUCGGGAAUGCGGAGGAGCUGGACCUCAGCAACAGCAUAAGCCCAAGCUUCGCCUUUCCCGGUGACAUCCUGCAGUACCUGGCGGUGUACAUCAGCAUUGCGCACACCUGUUGUGCCUGCCGCUCCGUCGAGCGUGCCAGGGAUUUGGGCAGUCAGGGCGAAAGCCAUUCUGUGAAGCCAGAGCAAUCGAAGCAAACUGACAGCACGAUCUUUUUUUCCGGUAAUGGCCGGCUCGUGCUGAGAUGCCUCAGGGCACUGUACUCCCCCAUCCUGCUGCUGGUACUUUUUCUGUUGCUUCGCUCCCCGGACAUGUACCCUGGCCACUCCGGCGACUUCAGAUGCUUCCCGUGCCGCUGCUCUCAGGGGGCGAGGCCCCGCCUGGCAAGCUGCGGGUUAGCAGCCGCACUCCGACAGUCGGAGCUGGUCCUGACCGACCUUGCCAGCGUCGCCGAAGAAGCCUUCGACCCUUUUGGCUGCUCUCUGCGACGGCUAUCUUUGACCAACAGCACAUUGACCUCCCUGCCACCCAAGAGAUUCCGGCGCCUGAGCUGCCUUGAAGUCCUGCACCUGGGCAGAAACAACCUCGAGCAGCUGGAGGAUGAGGCCUUCGGCGGCCUGGCGCAGCUGCGCGUCCUGUCGCUCAGCCAAAACAAUCUCGCCGACCUCCCCACCCAGGUUCUCAAACCGCUGCUCAACCUGGAACAGCUCCUUCUAGGUGGCAAGACCCGCAAUGGCUUCAUCAUCGUGAGUGGGAACCUGCUAACGCGUUUGCCGGACUUCGCGCAGAACCCUCGGCUGGAAGUGCUGGAUGUCAGCGAGAACGAGCUGAAGGCCUUGGAGGACGGCACCUUCGCCCAGCUCCACAGCCUCCGUGUCCUGGACCUCAGCAACAACAAUCUCGACACCGUCUCCAACCGCACCUUUGCGGGCUUGACCUCGCUUCAGACACUGGAUUUGACCAACAACUGGCUGGUAGAGCUGCCGGAAGCGGUCUUCCAGGGCUUGACCGGGCUUCUAAAACUGGAUGUGCACGGCAUCGCGCUGAGAGAGCUGCCGGAAGCGGUCUUUCGGGGCUUGACCUCGCUUCAGACGCUGGAUUUGCACAAUAACAUGCUAGGAGAGCUGCCGGACGCGGUCUUCCAGGGCUUGACCUCGCUUCACACGCUGUAUUUGCACGGAAAUAGGCUGCUGGGAGAGCUGCCAGACGCGGUCUUCCAGGGCUUGACCUCGCUUCAGACGCUGGAUUUGCGCGGCACCAUGCUAAGAGAGCUGCCGGACGCGGUCUUCCAGGGCUUGACCUCGCUUCAGACGCUGGAUUUGCUCGAAAACAAGCUGGCGGAGCUGCCGGAAGAAGUCUUACAGGGCUUGACCUCGCUUCAGACGCUGGAUUUGGCCUUCAACAACCUGGCGGAGCUGCCGGAAGGAGUUUUCCAGCACUUGACCUCGCUUCAGAGGCUGUAUUUGAGCAACAACAGGCUGGGAGAGCUGCCGGACGCGGUCUUCCAGGGCUUGACCUCGCUUCAGACGCUGUAUUUGCGCAACAACAGGCUGGGAGAGCUGCCGGACGCGGUCUUCCAGGGCUUGACCUCGCUUCAGACGCUGUAUUUGCUCGACAACAAGCUGGCGGAGCUGCCGGAAGGAGUUUUCCAGGGCUUGACCUCGCUUCAGACGCUGGAUUUGCACAAUAACAGGCUGGGAGAGCUGCCGGACGCGGUCUUCCAGGGCUUGACCUCGCUUCACACGCUGUAUUUGCACGGAAAUAGGCUGGGAGAGCUGCCAGACGCGGUCUUACAGGGCUUGACCUCGCUUCAGACGCUGGAUUUGGCCUUCAACAACCUGGCGGAGCUGCUGGAAGGAGUUUUCCAGGGCUUGACCUCGCUUCAGACGCUGGAUUUGCACAAUAACAGGCUGGGAGAGCUGCCGGACGCGGUCUUCCAGGGCUUGACCUCGCUUCACACGCUGUAUUUGCGCAGAAAUAGGCUGCUGGGAGAGCUGCCAGACGCGGUCUUCCAGGGCUUGACCUCGCUUCAGACGCUGGAUUUGCGCGGCACCAUGCUAAGAGAGCUGCCGGACGCGGUCUUCCAGGGCUUGACCUCGCUUCAGACGCUGUGUUUGCGCAACAACAGGCUGGGAGAGCUGCCGGACGCGGUCUUCCAGGGCUUGACCUCGCUUCACACGCUGUAUUUGCACGGAAAUAGGCUGUAUUUGAGCAACAACAGGCUGGGAGAGCUGCCGGAAGGAGUCUUCCAGGGCUUGACCUCGCUUCAGAGGCUGUAUUUGAGCAACAACAAGCUGGGAGAGCUGCCGGAAAGAGUCUUCCAGGGCUUGACCUCGCUUCAGAGGCUGUCUUUGAGCAACAACAAGCUGGCAUGGCAAGUGAAGCACUGUGUUGAGGCCACCAUGAGCUGUGAAAAUUGCAGCUGCGAGGGAUUCGAAGGGAUUGUAUUGGUCCUGGGCUGCUUGGGCUUGUCGAGCGUUUUUUUUUCUGAUGGUAGAAAGUCGCUGCGCGAUGGAGAGCUUGGCGCCCGGAGCUUUCUGAAUCGCAGUAGGAGUUGGCGCACCGUCGCGGCAGGACUUGGAGCUGAAGACAUGCGACACGAUUUGCUGUCACCGCUGCCGUGGACUGUGGCCAUACAGAAAGAAAUCGGUUCAAACAUGGCGAUCAUGCUUGCCAAGUCGCUGCUUCACAGCACAAAGGCAGUGCGCAAAGGGGUCCAAUUCGCGGACUUGCGAAAAGUCACCCUGUUGAUUGCCUGGUUGUGA